AUGCAAGUGGUUUAUUGUGAUGACGGGCUUUUACACAAUCCUCCUAUGGAGGUAACGCUGGGCCAUAUCAAACCCUAUGUUGAAUCUCCCAAGCGAUUGGUGAAUAUCAAAAAAUUUAUUGACGAACAUUCCGAAUUUGAGGUGGUGGAGCCCAAUGAUUACUCUCUAGGCCCUAUCUUGGAUGUACACCGUAAAGAUUAUGUUGACUUUUUAGAGACAAUCUAUCAAGAAUGGGUCGAUUCAGGACUCACCAAGGACAUGUGCAUUGGUGAUACCUUCUCUCAACACUCCUUUGUUGGAAAGUUAGGUGAUGAAACUAUUAGAAAAAAUGCUUCGAAAAGUUGCAGUGGCAAAAUGGGCUAUUAUGUUGGUGAUGUAUCCACGCCAUUCGUUCAAAAUACAUGGCGCGCUGCAUACUCCUCUGCCCAAGUUGUCUUGUCUGCAGCCCAUCGAUUGACAGAGGCGAUUGCAGCUAAACAAUCUCCUGACCACAAUGAAACCAUCUAUGCCUUGUGCAGACCUCCUGGACAUCAUGCUUCUGACCAUAUGGCUGCUGGUUACUGCUUUAUCAACAAUGCAUCUGUUGUUGCUCGUUUCUUGCAAAACUACACGCUGGAGGACAUGAACAAUGCCAAAAAGCCAUAUGGAUUCGAUUUGGAAGCAGUUCGCAACAGACGAUUCAGUGUGGGCACAAGCAAAGACAAAAAAAAGAUCCUGAUUGUUGACAUUGACUACCAUCAUGGUAAUGGUACCCAAGAUAUCUUUUACGAGGAUCCUUCUGUCUUUUACAUUUCACUUCAUGGUGCUCCUAAUUAUCCCUUCUUUACUGGGUCUGCUGAAGAGACAGGUCAGGGUGCUGGUAAAGGUUACAAUCUCAACAUACCCCUUGAUCCCACAGUUACCACUGACAGCAUCUAUCUCCAACAUCUUGAGGGUGCGCUGAACAAUCAGAGUGUCGUUGAUUUUGGUGCUGAUAUUGUCAUUGUAUCUAUGGGUUUGGACACAUGGUUUGAGGAUCCUAUCGCUGGCAUGAAGGGUCUUCAAGACAUGAACACAUACAAGAAGAUGGGCGCACUAUUCAAGACUUGUACUGGUACAAAGCAUCGUCCAGUCUUGUUUGUGCAAGAGGGCGGAUAUACCGUUGAGAAAUUGGGAGAUUUAGCCGGCAGUGUUUUGCAAGGCUAUCUUGAACAGCAAUAA